GUGGAUUGACGGGUGUUUGAAGCGGGAAACAGGACGUAAACCCCACAGGUGGUAGUACUUUUGUGGUCUGCUUCUGAAAGCGGGCGUGUGUGUUUGCCGUUCAUUCAGGAUCUGGUCUCACAUCACAGCGAGGAAUUAUCUGAUGAAAGUGCCGGGAGUAGAUGUGGUCGAUUCGCUCGUCAUGGUUCGUGUUUGUUGGGGGGAGAAGGGGAAUAAAUCAGCCGGGAUACGACGCCAGAUUAGCACGAAAGUUCUUUGUUGCAAGUGAUUUAUACCGCAGUUUCCGGAGUUUGGAAGUUUUGAAAGGUGUGAUUAACUCGUGUCUUCUGCGAAACUUCUGCGAAAAUGUGUUCCUAAAGUAAUUAAUUCGCUAUGGAUUCUUGAUCAGAUUUGCUGAAGGAAUUUAGCUGCAGUAGACAAAAAAAAUUCAAUAGUUCUGUAAGAUAAAGUGCCACACCACGGAGCAGCAUGCAAUAGUCAACGCGUAGAAGCUGGAAAAGUGUGCGAAAGUGCUGUUCAAACGAGCGAUGACAAAACAUCACAUUUCUCUUCUGUGAAGAGUACUCGGUGUAGGAGAGCCGACAAACGUCGGCCAAAAGCUGAGCGGCUGAGAGGCUGUUCCUUGGCGAUAUCAUACUGUCUGCGAUACAUCUCAAUUAGUCUGAAUAAAGUACAACCGCUGAUUUGCUUGACUAUCGCUUCUUGACAGACCACAUCAACUGGUCAUCAUGUAUGGUAUGCUGCUGGAAAGCGUUCAACACUUUGUACAGCUCGAGUAUGGCGAACACAUAUGGAGACAGGCGUUACUGACGACUGGCUGCAAGCUGACGGUGUUCAACACGUAUCAGCAAUACCCGGAUAGCCUCAUACCGGAUCUGGCGGCUGCGUUAUCGGCAAUCACUGGGAAAAGCAUCGACGAGUUCAUGGUCUUUUUCGGGCGCUGCUUCGUGCGAUUCUUCAGCAACUUUGGCUACGAUGAGCUGAUCAAGGCAACAGGACGAUACUUUUGCGAUUUCCUGCACUCGGUGGAUAAUAUUCACCUGCAGAUGCGGUUCACCUAUCGGAAGAUGAAAAGCCCUUCGAUGCAGCUGACCGAGAUGGACGAAAACGGUGCGGUACUGGUGUACCGCAGCACCCGGUCGGGCUUUUCCAAGUACCUACGGGGACAGCUGAUGGAAAUCGCCAAGCAGCUGUACAAUAUGGAUAUCACCAUUAAGGUACUGGAAAGCCAGAACGAUGUUCCUGGUGGCACGGCGGGACCGAUCUCAAUACAGGGUGGCUUGAAGACGGUGAUCGUGAAGUAUCGGCUGGAUUUCGACAACCGGGCGUAUAUGCGAAAACGCAUUCACAUUAAGGCGCACCCUUCGCAGCUGCAGUUGGCACCGGUGGACAGCAGUCUUCUGCUAGACCUUUUCCCGUUCGCUUUGAUUUUGAACGAGCAGAUGCAGAUUACGGCCGCCGGAGAGAAGAUGAUUGAGUCGUGGAUGCUGAACAACGUUAACUGUUCGCCCUCGGAACUGAUGGGAUCCAAAGUGACAGAUUAUUUCAAGCUCCGGAGACCAACAGGAAUUACGUUUACGUGGGAAAAUGUACGUUGGGUGAUUUCGGAGUUCGGUUUUACCCUAAUGGUGAAUAAUGUUUUUCAGAUGAAGCGCCUUCAAACCGUUAAUUUUGAAAUUCAGCUACUGAAAGGUUCAACCAUUAACGGAAUGGAGGAAACUGCUCCACCGGUCGAUUCGGUACCUCAAUAUGAGCUUGAUGAUCCCUCGAAAUUAUUUUCGGUUGCCCGGCGAGGAUCUCAGGGAUUACGAAGCAUUCUGUUGAAGGGUGAAAUGCGAUACAUCAAGGACAUCAAUUCACUGGUAUUUUUAUGUAGUCCUCUGAUCAACAGCUUGGAAGAGCUUCGAGAAGUUGGCUUGUACUUAAAUGAUCUAAACACGCACGGCCUUAGCAGAGAAAUGGUGUUCACCGGAUUUUCGCACAACUCCCGGCUAGAUCUAAUGUGUGAGCGUGAGGAAAAGCGAGCUGAAGAGCUGGAAACAUCGUUGGCCCUGGCCGAUUCAUGGAAACGGCAGGGUGACGAGCUGUUAUACUCGAUGAUCCCUCGAUCGAUAGCCGAACGGCUACGGGAGGGUCAGAAUCCUAUGGAAACGUGCCAGAGCUUCGAAGAAGUCACUGUACUGUUUGCAGAAAUUCAGGAAUCGCUUAUGUCCGAUGACUCCAUCAAGAGCGCCAUGACGACGGUGAACACGUUGAACGCGGCCUUUAGCGCUUUCGAUGAGUUAAUCCAGUCACCGAUGGCGUACAAGGUGGAGACAGUGGGCAAGGUGUACAUGGCGGUUAGUGGAGCGCCAGAUGUUAAUCCUUGCCACGUACAACACACAGCCGAUCUGGCGUUGGAAAUGCUGCAAAGCAUUCAUAACCUUAACCUGCCGGGAGUUGGAGUGAAAAUCGGGUUUCAUUCGGGGCCGAUAGUGGCCGGCGUCGUCGGUCUCAAGGUACCGCGAUACUGUUUGUUUGGUGAUACGGUCAAUACCGCAUCUCGCAUGGAGAGCAGCAGCGAUAUAAACAUGAUUCAGGUGUCCGGCUAUACUGCCGCUAAGUUGAAGAAGCAAGGUUUCAAGCUGACGUUCCGAGGAAAAGUGGCGGUCAAGGGCAAAGGGGAUAUGGAAACGUUCUGGUUAGAAUCUGCUCCAAAAAACUCUACAGCUAGUAGAAAGGUUUACGCCAAGAAAUGAUUUCACGUGGUGACAGCUUUCAAUGUGCCUUCACAUCAUCUGCAAUUACACCCGUAGGACUCAACUGAUUCAAAUAAGCUCACAAAGACUUACAACACUACUGUAUUAGAAACUGUUAAUGUAUUUAUGGAGAAUAUAUGUUUGAAUCACAAAUGGAUAGGUAAAAAUAUAUCACUAGCAGCCGCAUCCAUUUCCGCGGAAAAUGAUAAAGUCGAUAAAGUUCUGUACGUUCGUAAACACGGCUGGUUGGUUGGUGUCUGCGCACGAUUUACCGGGAACUUCGAUGGCGAUACCGAUCAGUGUCUGCUGUGAGGGGUCGAUCCUGGACGGUGCCAUCAAUCCUGCUCCGCCAUCACCCUUGGGUUGGAAAGAAAAGAAAGAUUAUAUAAUCCUUAAAACCGAACUGAAACUCUCACCUCACAAGUCGACUUCAAUAAAUCUAUCGGGGCGGGUCUGACGAUA